UUUUUUUACUUAUUUGUGCACUUGUUUCUCCCUUCUCCCUAAGGCAUCUUCGCUAUCUCCUCCAGUGGAAACACAGAUAGAACACCCUUCCUCACCAUUUCUUGGAGAUAAAUAAACAGAAACGCGUGUCUUGUUGCCGCCGCUGCUUAGUUUCACCCAGCAGUGUCACAAGGAAACUGUUGAGGACAUAAUUAAGGAAACAAAAAGGCAGAAGUGUAUAUAUAUGAAGAAGAGAGGAGCAAAGUGCACUCAGUAGUAAAUAAUAAAGCUCUGGGGAGAGGGUGUUUCUCCCCCGGUCUCCGAUGGCCUCCCUGCCAGCUCCCCCAGUCCAGGCAUGACUGUCACCCCCAGCUCUGAACCUACUUCCUCUUCUCACACUGACACGAGGCCCAGAUCUGGUCUGGCACAGAUGGAUGAGAUUGACGGCCUGCGCUUGAGGCUCGGUUCAGAGGACAGUCUGUUGCCGGCCUCCUCCUCCUCCUCCUUGGCUGAGCCCAUCAACCUAGAAGACGCCUAUUACACUCUGCUGCGCGAGGAGCUCGAGUCCGAUGCCCAGAACCUGGAGGCCGAGUCCUGGAGCCUGGCGGUGGACCAGAACUACCUGAACGCCCUGAGCAAAGAGGCGAUUAAAAGACAGGAUGUCAUCUAUGAGUUGAUCAAGACAGAGAUGCACCAUGUGCGCACCUUAAAAAUCCUCCUUCACGUCUACGUGCAUGAGCUGAAGCAUUCCCUUCUGAUAGAGGACGCCAAGCUGAAGCAGCUCUUUGCUGGGGUGGAGGACCUGCUCAGCCACCACCAGUACUUCCUCAACAACCUCAAAGCGCGGCAAAGCCAAAGUCAGGAGGAAGGAAGCCCCAACAACUACUACAUCACACAGCUGGGGGACAUCCUCAAAUCUCAGUUUUCAGGUACACUGGGAGAGGGAAUGAUUGCGAGUUACAGCGUAUUCUGCAGCCGUCACAACGACGGCAUCACCUUCUUCAAAGAGCAAUCGCUGAGCAACAAGAAGCUGCAGUUCCUCAUUAGAAAAAUAGGUCAGCUGCCUUUAGUGCGAAGGUUGGGAAUCCCUGAAUGUUUCCUGUUGCUGACUCAGCGUAUCACAAAAUAUCCCGUCCUGGUGGAGCGAAUCAUCCAGAACACUGACGCUGACACAGAGGAGCACAGGUCUCUGGAAGAAGGUCUGAAGCUGAUCAAAGACACCAUCUCCCAGGUGAACGACAGGGUCAGCGAAUACGAGAAAGCUGCUCGACUGAAAGACAUCAUCGCGCGCCUGGAUCCAAAGAUGAAAGAUGGCGGACACUUCCGCAAAGAGGAUCUGAACCAGGGCUACAGGCUGCUGCUGCACGAAGGCACCGUCACCUGGAAGUCGUCUGGCAAACAGAAAGAUGUCCAGGCCGUGCUGCUGUCGGACACGCUCCUCCUCUUACAAGAGAAAGAUCAGAAGCUUCUGUUUGCUACUAUGGAUAACAAACCACCCGUGAUUUCCCUUGAGAGACUGAUAGUCAGGGAAGUGGCCCAUGAGGACAAAGCCAUGUACCUGAUAUGUGCGUCUACCACCAGCAUGCCGGAAAUGUACGAGAUCCACACGGGCUCUAAAGAGGAACGCGUCGCCUGGACCAACAUUAUCCGAAUGGCUGUGGAUCGACUCCGAGAAGAACAGGAGUAUAUGGAAGAGGUUCGUGUGAUGCAGAAUUAUCAAGAUAAUCUGAAGUUGAGAGACGACCUGAUAAGGCAAAACCUGCAAGAAAAGCUGCAGAUCUUUGCCCAUAUGUAUGACAAUCUCAUGGAGCAUCAGAUCGAUCACAAGAGUCUGCUGCUUCGAGGAACCGCGGCUGACCUCCAGCAGGGGGAGGCGCUGCUCAACGGAGCCAUCAACGAGGUGGAAAACCUGCAAAACCUGCUCCUCAUGAGGAUCAAAGAUCCAGGCCUUCUCUCAGAUGAGAGUAAGAUGGAGGAAGUGCCGCUCAGGAGAGCCGAGACCUUUGGAGUGACAGAUAAACCCCCCGUGGCCGGCACCAUGAAAAAUGGAGAUGGAGGUCAGAGGGGGAGUGAGGGCGUGGACUUUCCUCUGUACAGGAGUCACAGCAGCAGCAGUGACGACCAGCAGCAGGACACAAGCUGCUCCGAUGGCCUGGAACAGUCUGCGGAUGACGAAACAGACACUCUCCAGAAUUCAAACCGCUCUCAUUUCCCUGAGGAAGAGGUUUGUGACCGUGUUAUAAUGCUCGCACAGAGGCUCUACAGCUUACAAGCGGUCGUCGCCCAGCAGGACAGCCUAAUCGAGAUGCAGCACGUCUUUCACUCCAAGAGCAAGCAGCCCCCUCGCCACUACAACAACUUGCUGCUCGAGCAGGAGAGGCAGCGCAACGUGAAGAAACAGGAGGAGGAGCUCGCCCACCUGCACAAGCUGCAGGCCCAGCACCGAGAGGAGCAGCAGCGCUGGGAGAAGGAGAAGGAGCGGCAGCGGAUCGAGCUGGAGACUCUGAAGGCUGAGCUGCAGCGGAGGGAGGAGGACUGCAGGAAGGCGGCGGAGGAGCUGAGUCAGGAGAAGGCCGAGCACGAGAGGCAGAAGGAGGAGUACCAGCAGAACCUGGAGACGCUGAAGAAGUCCACGAACGCGGUGGAAAAGGAAAAGGAGCAGCUGGCUAAGGAAAAGGAGCGUGUGGAGAAGUUACGGUUAAAGUUGGGUCAAGGAUACAGCAACUACGACAAUCCUGCACAAUCCUGGAGUCUGUCCAGUAACCCGUCGUUCAGAGGAAGCAUAUUGAACGGAGGCGGGUCUCGGCCCACCUCUUCAUUGUCCUACAUCCUGCCCUCCAGUCCCUCCAACCCCAUGGAUAUUCCUCCAAAGGUUCCACCGCGCAGGGAGAGCAUCAACGUCAAGCCAGUCAAAUCAGAGCUGCCAGCCCACCUGAUCAGCGCCACCAAUCAGGUGCACAAAGUUCCCCCCGUGCAGCAGAAGAUCCCCGACAAGCUGGCUACUAAAGGGAAAGAGAAGGGCUCCAAGGUGAAGAAAUCCCACCAGAGAACGCACAGCGCAGCCUAUUUAGACGUGGACCAGUUGGUGCCCAUACGGGUGACGGGGAAGGAAGGAGGCAGUCUGAAAUCCAGCAGGAAGACCAGUCCCCAAAGAAUCUACCAUGAAGACAUCUUCAAAUCACCGGGAUCGACCCGCAGUGUGAAAUCAUCUCAGUCCACGACGAAGCGGAACAGCAGCAGCGACACCUCUCCUCACCCGCCUCCGACACCACCUCCUUUCCCCGCGGAUGUCAUCAAAAAGGAGAAAAAAGAGAAAAGGGAGAAAAAAGACUCUUCUGAAAAAGGAAAAGAGAAGGUAAUAUUCUUCUGAGCGCAAGCUGGGGACGAGGAUUUAGGACAAAGACCCGUCCGGUUUAAGAGACACUGACAGAGACACGGUGAAGAGACACUGAAUGUGACUUCAUGACGGACAGGUGUGUCCAGUUUAAAGAGUUCCUUUUAUCAAUGAAACAAGCUGAACAUGAAAGUUAAAAGAGAUGCACAUUUAUGGAAGAGGUUGCGGAGGUAAUUUUAAAUGCCAACCCAAUUUGAGAAAUAUGUUUUAAAUUAAGGUUUUAUUACCAAAGACUUUGCUGAGAUGUUUUUUUUUUUUUUUUUUUGUAGAAAAAAAAGAUAAUUUUUAUUUUAAAUCAUAGUAGGUUACCUGUAACCACUUAGCACUCGUGUCUUAAGCUUUUAAAAAAACUUUAAUUUAAUUAACUUUAAAACAUGGUGUGAGGAAGCUAUCGACUUAACAAGUUUACAUCUGUAAAUACAAAGUGCCAAGCACAUGCUGAGGAUUGAGCAGGUCCCCUCUCACUCUUGAAUAAGACUGUGUAGUAAUGACAAGGGAAUGAAAGUGUAAACUUAUUGUUUGUUAAUGAAAAGUGGAAGCCGA